CUGAGAGCGCGUUGUUUGUAGGGAGCGCUACGAGAUGGUUGUGUCAGCAUUAUAUAUUUUAGACAACAAAGGGAAGGUUCUUAUUCAUAGAAAUUAUCGUGGUGAUGUUGAAACUGGUGCCAUUGAAAAGUUUAUGCCCAUUGCAAUGGAAAAAGAGGAGGAGGGUAGUCUCAUUCCAGUCCUACAGUUGGGUGAAAUAACAUUCACCUACGUUAAAUAUAACUACCUAUAUUUGGUAUGCUUAACGCGUAAAAAUGCCAACAUUGCAAUGGUCCUGGCGUUUCUGUACAAACUUGUCAAUAUAUUUCUUGAAUAUUUCGGAGAGUUUGAAGAGGAAAGUAUUCGUGAUAACUUUGUUAUUACCUACGAAUUACUGGAUGAAAUCAUGGAUUUUGGAUAUCCGCAGACAACUGACACAAAAAUCCUUCAAGAAUACAUUACUCAAGAAAGCCACAAACUGGAAGUCGCUCCACGUCCACCAGUCGCUGUAACUAAUGCCGUAUCUUGGCGUUCCGAAAAUGUUAAAUAUAGAAAAAAUGAAGUGUUCUUAGACGUUGUAGAAUCCGUAAACUUGUUGGUGAGCUCUAGUGGUAACGUUUUACGAAGUGAAAUAGUUGGGAGCAUAAAACUUCGCGUUUACCUCUCUGGAAUGCCUGAACUCCGCCUAGGAGUAAAUGAUAAAGUUAGAUUUGAAAACAUUGGGCGCGAUAAGGGUAAAGCUGUCGAACUGGAAGAUGUAAAAUUCCACCAAUGUGUCAGAUUGUCAAGAUUCGAAAAUGAUAGGACAAUUUCAUUCAUUCCUCCUGAUGGUGAAUUCGAGCUGAUGUCAUAUCGACUAAAUACUCAUGUUAAACCUCUUAUUUGGGUAGAAGCAAUUAUCGAGAAACACGCUCACAGUCGUAUGGAGUAUAUGGUUAAGGCUAAAGCACAAUUCAAACGUCGAAGUACAGCGAAUCAAGUGGAAAUUCAUAUCCCAGUCCCGUCAGAUGUUGAUUCGCCUAGAUUCAAGACAACAAUGGGCAGUGCUAAAUACGUACCAGAGACAAAUGUUGUUAUCUGGACAAUACGCAGUUUCCCAGGUGGUAAAGAAUACAUUCUGAGAGCUAGUUUUGGUCUACCUUCCGUAGAAGGUAAUCAAGAUGUUGAAUCAAGACCACCGAUAACAGUGAAAUUUGAAAUACCCUACUUUACUGUUUCUGGUUUACAGGUGCAUCAUUUAAAAAUUAUUGAAAAAUCUGGUUACCAUGCCUUGCCAUGGGUUCGGUACAUUACACAGAAUGGGGAUUAUCAAUUGCGUACACUAUAAAAGGAAGGAUACACGAAUGAGAUACUACUUGUCCAUACACAUCCACACACACUUUUUUUAACUGUUGGUGAUAAUUUUAUAGUUUAUUAUUUGACUACUGAACUUUUUAUGAGUAAUAUGUUUAUGCUAAUCAAGUUUUAUAUUAUCAUUAUUAUUAUUAUUUUAUCUCCUAUGCAUUAUUCAUAUACAUAUUUUAUGGAAGGAUAUUUUAAUUCUUAUCCUAUGUGAAUCUGUUGAUUUCUCUGUGGGUUCCUCUGUCUUUUAAAACAAGAUUUUCUUCUGGUUUUUACUGUUUAAUCUCAAUAUGUUGUUGUUUUUAAAAAACACAUUUUUCGUCUUGAUUUUAACUUUCCGUCUUGGAUUUUUACUUCUGCUUUUAUUCUAUUCUCAUAUGAGAGUGUCUAUCUGUUUGUGUUUGGUGAAAGAUGUACACCCCUCGUCCCUACACACUCACACACAACAAAAUUGAUAGAUAUCUAUUACUUACAUGGCUGUGAAUCACCCUUGUCCCAUUCCAAGCACCCACUCCUAUCACACACCCUUCCCCUCGGUGCACAAAACACCCUCCCCCCUGCCCUACUCAUUAUUAUUAUUAUUAUUCAUGCUUAAUUCUUUUACUUGAAGGUGUUACAUAAUCUGUUACAAUUCACUAUUGUCACAUACUCGCAUUGACUAUUACUGGCUAUCAGAAGAGACGGAGGGAUGCGGGGUACAAUACGCAUAUACACAUACACGCAUAAAUGUGUACGUGCCCAUUGAUCUCAAAAAAACAUGUGAAUACCAUCCAAACUGAAUCUUUUUUUAGGUGCUUACCACUCAUUGUUCUUGUGCUUUUUUAAAACAACCCCAGUUUAAACCUCCUGUAAUUUUAAUGACUUCGUUUGUGGUCAUUGUGAUGGCAAGAGAGAGAAAAGUAGUAGUGCAUUGUUUGUUGUAUAAUUUUAACUCUGAACAAAACAAAAAACUUCGUUAUCUUUCUGCCUUUUGAAGUAUUUUCAGUAGGUUUGCUUUCCCCUUGUUGUGAGAUGAGAUGUCAUUUCAAGGCGAUGACUCUCCCCCCCCCUUUGUUUUGUUUGUGGUCAUUUCUACAUUGAAUGAUUAUAUUUUGGGGAGGGGAUGAUAAGGAGAUCUGAAAAGGCCUUUUUUCUUAGCAAAAAUAUUUAACUUUUCCUAUUUAUGUUAGCAUUCAUGGUGGUAAUUGUUUGCUUCUUCUUCAUAUCAAAAAUGUGUAAUUUUUUAAUAAAUAUAAUAUCGUUUUCAUU